GGAAAAUGUGAGGCAAUUUGCGGCUGCUGGAAGGAGGACAGCUGCGGCUGUGUCCCUACAAGAGCAGAGCGACCUCACCGCCGUGGACCCGGGCAGCAGAGCCAGGCAAAAUGGACGACAAUAUGGACACAGAAUCCAUUCUAGAAGAACUUCUUCUCAAAAGGUCACAGCAAAAGAAGAAAAUGUCACCCAAUAAUUACAAAGAGCGGCUUUUUGUUUUGACCAAAACAAACCUCUCCUACUAUGAAUAUGACAAAAUGAAAAGAGGCAGCAGAAAAGGAUCAAUUGAGAUUAAGAAAAUCAGAUGUGUGGAGAAAGUAAAUCUUGAGGAGCAGACCCCCGUGGAGAGACAGUACCCAUUUCAGAUUGUCUAUAAAGAUGGGCUUCUCUAUGUGUAUGCAUCAAAUGAAGAGAGCCGAAGUCAGUGGUUGAAAGCAUUACAAAAAGAGAUAAGGGGCAACCCCCAUCUGCUGAUCAAGUACCACAGUGGGUUCUUCGUGUACGGGAAGUUCCUGUGCUGCCAGCAGAGUUGCAAAGCGGCCCCAGGAUGUACUCUCUGGGAAGCAUAUGCUGAUCUGCACAUUGAACCCAAAGAAGAAAAACACAGAGUUCCCAUCUUCCCAGACAGAGUGCUGAAGAUUCCUCGAGCAGUUCCUAUUCUCAAGAUGGAUGAACCAUCUUCAAGUACCGCUCUAGCUCAGUAUGACAGUGACUCCAAGAAAAACUGUGGCUCCCAGUCAAACGUCAACAUGUGGUAUAUGCCAAGAGAAGACUGCCCUGACUGGUGGCAAGUAAGAAGACUGAAAAGCAGUGAAGAUUUGGCAUGCAGUAACCAAAGGGAAAGAAAUGUUGUAGAUCACAGCACCUUAAAGAUGUCAUGGGGAUCCCCUGAGUCAAGUUCAUCUGAAGAAGAGGAAAACCUUGACGACUAUGACUGGUUUGCAGGUAACAUCUCCAGGUCACAAUCUGAGCAGUUACUGAGACAAAAGGGAAAAGAAGGAGCAUUUAUGGUUAGAAAUUCCAGCCAGGCGGGAAUGUACACAGUGUCCUUGUUUAGUAAGGCUGUGAAUGAUAAAAAAGGAACCGUCAAACAUUACCAUGUGCAUACAAAUGCCGAGAACAAACUGUACCUGGCAGAAAACUACUGUUUUGAUUCCAUUCCAAAGCUUAUUCACUAUCAUCAACACAAUUCAGCAGGCAUGAUCACACGACUCCGCCACCCUGUGUCAACCAAGGCCAACAAGGUUCCCAUCUCCGUGUCCUUGGGAAGUGGAAUCUGGGAACUGAAAAGAGAAGAGAUUACCCUGUUGAAGGAGCUGGGAAGUGGCCAGUUUGGAGUGGUCCAUCUGGGCAAGUGGAAGGGGCAGUAUGACGUUGCUGUUAAGAUGAUCAAGGAGGGCUCCAUGUCAGAAGAUGAAUUCUUCCAGGAGGCCCAGACCAUGAUGAAACUCAACCAUCCCAAGCUGGUGAAAUUCUACGGAGUGUGUUCAAAGAGAUACCCUAUAUACAUAGUGACUGAAUAUAUAACCAAUGGCUGCUUGCUGAGUUACCUGAAGAGUCAUGGGAAAAGACUUGAGCCCUCCCAGCUCUUAGAAAUGUGCUAUGAUGUUGGUGAAGGCAUGGCCUUCUUGGAGAGCCACCAGUUCAUACACCGGGACUUGGCUGCUCGGAACUGCUUGGUAGACAGUGACCUCUCUGUGAAGGUUUCUGACUUUGGGAUGACGAGGUAUGUUCUUGAUGACCAGUAUGUCAGUUCGGUAGGAACAAAGUUUCCCGUCAAGUGGUCAGCCCCAGAGGUGUUUCACUACUUCAAAUACAGCAGCAAGUCAGACGUAUGGGCGUUCGGGAUCCUGAUGUGGGAAGUGUUCAGCCUGGGGAAGCAGCCCUAUGACUUGUACGACAACUCGCAGGUGGUCGUGAAGGUCUCCCAGGGCCACCGGCUCUACCGGCCCCAGCUGGCGUCGGACACCGUCUACCAGGUCAUGUACCGCUGCUGGCAUGAGCUUCCAGAAAAGCGUCCCACAUUUCAGCAACUCCUAUCUUCCAUUGAACCACUUCGGGAAAAAGACAAACCUUGAAGAAGAAAUGAGAAGUUCUGAUGAGAGUGAGUGUAAAUGUUGGCCAACAUUUUCAUUCUUUUUAAGGGAUGUAGCAAAGCA